AUGGACACGCGCUCGUCGCAGGAGAUCAUCAACGACGACCGCUUCGAGGCCUUCGAGCGAAAGCAGCGCAUCAAGAACCUGGCGCGGCAGAGCGUCCAGAUUGCCCAGAAGCUGCACCUCCAGAACAUAUUGCUCUGCAAGGGGGAGCAGGCCGAUCAGCAGCUGGACCUGCUGGAGGAGACGGACAGCGACUCCGACUCCUUGGGUGCGGGGGCGCACGACUCCGACGACCCCGGUCACCACGACCCCGCCUGGGAGAGCAGCGGCGCCCGCGCUGCGACCGAGGCCGCCGGAAGGCUGCUGGAGAGGCAGCGGGCGGCCUUCGGCAGGAUAGAGGAGAGCCUCUCCGUGCAGCCCGGCGCGGCGCGCCGCCGCUCCAGCGUGCACGCGGGCGCGGGCGGGGCCGCCCGGGCCGCGGCGCUCGCCGGGCUGAGCCCGGCCGAGCGGCGCAUGGCCGGGGCCUCGGCCGAGAUCGCGCGGCGCCGGCAGCGCGAGGAGUCUCAGCACCUCUACUCGCUCAAGCUGGAGAAGAUCGAGGCCUGCAGCACCCGGAAGCAGGACCGACUGUGCCAGGCGACGCACGUGCGGGCGCAGGAGGCGCGCAAGAGGCGAAACCAGAUGCUCCGCGCAAGGCGGGAGCUGGAGCGCGACGAGGUACGCCAGGUGGACCGCCGUGCGGAGGAGUUCGAGGAGAAGCUCCAGAGGGCCGCCCGGUGGAGGGAGGAGCGGUCUGCCUCCCCUGUGAAGGCGGUCGGCGACAGCGGCGAGGAGGGCGGCGACGCCCUCGUGGCUUGGCUUGGGCCGUCCCACAGCAUGUACCAGGACACGAUCCUGAAGUGGCAGCAGCGGGAGCUGGAGGCCGACGGCCGCGCGAGGGCGAAGCUGGGCCGCACCCUCGGCGAGUCCUGGCGGGCCCCGGGCGGCCCGGACGACGGCCUCGCCGGUGGGCCCGCGCGGCACCCGCCCUCCGAGGCCAGCCGCCGCGGCGGCGAGGCUCCGAGGGCGGCGCGCCGGGGCGCAGGCCUGGCGCGCGACACCUCGCUGCCGGCCUGCGGCGUGGGCGCCGCCGCGCGCGUGGGCGCGGCGAUGGCCAGGAGCGCGUCCGCGGUCGCGCCCGCGCGCGCGGCCGCCGCCGCGCGGG